AUGAAGAAUGGGGUUUUCGCUGCCGUCUAUGCCAAUCCCAACCCUACUCAGAAAAACACCCUGUGGGAUAAUUUGGAGGAAACUGCAGAAAGUAUGGAUAAACCCUGGCUUGUUGUAGGAGACUUCAACGAUUAUGGCAACCUCAGUGAACGAAGAAGUUUCUCUAUAAGGCACAAUACUACCAGAUCUCAAAAAAAUUUGGAUAGGGUUGACAAAUGUAAUCUUAUCGACUUGGGCAGUUUUGGACCCAACAUGACAUGGACUAAUAAUAAGCAAGGCAUGGCCAACACAGUGGAGAGACUGGAUCAAGCCAUGUGCAACGCAGAUUGGAGAGCUAUGUUUCUUGAAGCUACUAUCAGAGUUCUUUCCAAAACAUAUUCAGAUCAUUCUCCUCUUGUGGUGUACACGCAAGGUAUGCACUCUUUAACUCCUCCACUUAGGCCUUUUAGAUUUGAGGCUGCUUGGAUGUCUCAUCCUAGCCUUCCUGAUAUUAUCGAAUCUGCUUGGACUACUAUAAACCACAAUCUUAUUGACUCCAUGAAUGAAUUUACUCAGAAAGUUAAAAUCUGGAAUCGUGAAGUUUUUGGUAACAUCUUUAAAAGUAAAAGAAGAAUCUUAGCUAGAAUUGAGGGCAUUCAGAGAUCCCAAGCUGUGAACUUUAACCACAAUCUCCAUCACCUUGAAAGAGACCUAGUCAGUCAAUAUAACUAUACUUUGUUUCAGGAAAAGGACCUUUUUAAUUGGGUAGACACCAACCAUUUGGCCAACUGGAGUAACACUACCAAGAAUAAAUUCACCAAUGAGGAAAAUGAUGGUUUGCUAAAACCCCUCACCAACUUUGAAAUAUGGAAAGCUACUAAGGCCAUUGGGGCCUAUAAAGCCCCAGGUAAGGAUGGGAUUCAAGCUGUCUUUUACCAUCACUAUUGGACAAUUGUAGGCAAAUCUAUCUGUGAUUUUGUAAGAACUUGUUUUUCCGACCAACAAAUUCCCAAAGAGAUCAAUGAAACCCUUAUUGUCCUUAUUCCUAAAGUAGAGUAUCCCACUAGUAUCAAACAAUUCUAUCCUAUUAGUCUCUGUAAUGUUACUUACAAGAUCAUCACUAAAUUAGUUGUCAAUAGAAUUAGGCCUCUUUUGGAUAAUAUCAUUGGCCCUAAUCAAAGUAGUUCCAUCCCUGGUCACAGUACAACUGAUAACAUCAUCAUCACCCAAGACAUUAUCCAUACUCUUAGGCACAGGAAAGGAAAAAUCAAUGGCAUAAUUUUCAAAAUUGAUCUGGAAAAAGCUUAUGAUAGACUCUCUUGGAAAUUUGUUUAUGAAACCCUUAUUGAAUUUGGCCCUAACAUGGAUUGGAUUAACUUGAUCAUGAGUUGUAUUACUGUGACGACCCCACCACGUAUAAUAAUUAGCUUUUAA